UAGUGGGGGACUGUGUGAAUGUGUGUCGGUAUUAAUUGAAUUCGAUCCAAAAUAUUAAUAAAACAAGUGACUUAUAAAAAAACACGUUACUAAGUGACACAUUUCGUCGCCAAUAAAUCAAUUGAGUCAUCACUGCCCUCUGGAAUUCAUCUAUGGCCGAGAAGCAAGCCCAGUUUUCCCUCGUACCAAAAAUUGUCAAUGGAGGAAUUGCUGGUAUCAUCGGAGUUACAUGUGUCUUCCCUUUGGAUCUUGUCAAAACUAGACUGCAAAACCAACAAAUUGGACCUAAUGGCGAAAAAAUGUACAAAAGCAUGGUGGAUGCAUUUCGUAAGACCUAUACGGCAGAAGGUUUCUUAGGAAUGUACCGAGGAUCAGCUGUGAAUAUACUUCUUAUUACUCCAGAAAAAGCAAUCAAACUUGCCGCCAAUGAUUUCUUCAGAUAUAAUUUGCAGACAAAAGAAAGGACCCUUCCAAUGUAUCGGCAGAUGAUGGCGGGAGGUCUAGCAGGAUUAUGCCAAAUUGUUAUAACAACGCCAAUGGAAUUGUUGAAAAUACAAAUGCAAGAUGCUGGACGAGUGGCAGCACAAGCUCUUUUAGUGGGAAAGACUGUUGAAAAAACCUCUGCAACUACUCUGGCGAUAGGUUUACUAAAACAGCAAGGUAUUCUGGGGCUCUAUAAAGGCACUGGUGCUACCAUGCUGAGAGAUGUUUCAUUUUCUGUGAUAUAUUUUCCUCUGUUCGCUACUCUGAACGAUUUAGGUCCUAGAAAGAGUGAUGGGUCAGGCGAGGCAGUUUUUUGGUGUUCCUUUUUGUCGGGAUGUGCAGCAGGAUCAUUUGCAGCGCUGGCUGUAAAUCCUUUCGAUGUAGUCAAAACUAGAUUACAAGCUCUGACAAAAGCUGAAGGGGAACGGUCGUACUCUGGUAUAGGAAAUGCAUUUGUGAACAUUUUGAAGUAUGAGGGGCCUACAGCUUUCUUCAAAGGAGGUGCUUGUCGAAUGAUUGUUAUUGCUCCCCUAUUUGGUAUCGCCCAAACCGUCUACUAUCUAGGAGUUGCCGAGUAUCUUUUAGGUUAUAAAAGAGUGUAAGCUGUAUCCCGAUGGUCCUUUUAAAGCAAUUUUAAGUCAUGAGCAAUUUUGAUUUUUAGUGAUAUUUAUUUUGCUGAAUGUGCAUCGUUAUUUGAAGAGUUGAUGCUCUUUAUGAAACUACUCUGUUAUAUAGAGUAUUUUUGUGAUAGCACAUAGAAGGAAAGUUAUUGCUGAUUCAAUUAAAAUUUAAAUUAUUUUUAUACCUUAUUUUUCUGUGUGAUGUACUCAAAUGUCUACUUACCAGAUGGCAAUUUUCAUUAUAGGACCAGUUAACUUUAAAUCCCGUUUUAUAGUUUUGGAAAUAUCGCCUACUAAGAAAUGUAAAAAUUAUUUUGAAAUGUUACGGGUGGUUCUCAAGUGAACGACAGAAAACUUUCCAUUCACCUUUAGUUUUAUUUCAAUUACACUUAUAAUUUUGUUUGGUAGAUCACUAACAACUGGGAUUCUAAAAAUUUCACUCAACACUUUCAAUGUAUUUGCAAAAUAUAAAACCGUGGAUUGAAAAUAAUAAGUGAUAAUGAUAAUAAAAACUAAGAAAAAAACACUUUUUUGAUAAAACUUGAUUUUAUUAUUCAAUUUAGUUACUUUCGAGAGCGCUAUAACGAUUAUAGCGGUCAUAUAAUUUUUUUUCGAUAUUUGAGAACAAGAAAAAGUGGCUAGGGGCCAGAUCUGGAGAAUACGGUGGAUACGAAAGCUAUUCGAUGCCCAAUUCUUGCAGUUUUGCCAUCGUUUCAAUUUAUUCCCUACACGGUGCAUUAUCUUCAUGAAAUAGCUUGGCUUUUUUUUAAAUGGAGCCGUUUUUCCGCGAUUUCAUCCUCUAAACGUUCCAAUAAUGCAAUAAAUAGUCGGUGGUUUUUCUAUUUUCGAAGUAGUCGAUAAAUAUUAUACCAUGCGCAACCCAAAAUACUGAUUACAGUUUAAAAACAACCACACACACAUUUUUCUGUCAGACUCUACGAUUAUCAACUCAAAAAUUGUUCAACUAUUUUUGACGCACUAGAGUUAGAACAGUCCUUAAGUUAGGAAGCUAUAUAGAAUGUUGGGUCUACACAGUGUUCUCUACCAAUGAAAUAUCCAAACUAGGCUCGAAGCAUGUGACAUCGUUUAGAAC